AUGGGGACAGGACAAAAGUUCGGUGGCCGCAAUCGCGGAAAGCAUGGCAAGGGCAAGGAAGGAAAAAGACGUGAACGAACGAAUAAGGACUACAAAGAAAUCGUGAUGAACAACCCUCACUUCGAAGAGUACUACUCGAAGAACGGCACAGUGCCCAAAGAUGAGCAAGUUGAGUUUUUUGAUGCCCUGAGGAAGCCGCUGCCCCUCUCUUUCAGAGUUACGGGAUCGACGAACCAGGCGAAAGAGCUUAUUCAACAGAUGGAAUCAGCACAUUUGAAGGACAUCGAAUCGCUUGUUCUUGACAAUGGAAAGGUCGUUCAACCAGCUGAACCUUUACCAUGGUAUCCAAAUCGCCUGGCUUGGAAAACGAAUUUAAGUCGACAAGAGUUGCGCAAGUUUCCAAAAUUAUCCGGCUUUCAUCAAUGGAUGAUUGCCGAGGGCGAGUCGGGACAUGUUACCCGUCAGGAGCUCGUUUCUAUGAUUCCGACUCUUCUUCUUGACAUCAAGUCUCACUGCGCAGUGCUAGACAUGUGUGCUGCUCCAGGCUCGAAGACAUCUCAGAUCAUUGAAGCUCUUCACGCCGAUGCUCCAGAAGGCAAAGUUCCUAAAGGUUUUUGCGUGGCGAAUGAUGCCAAUAAUCGACGAUGUUAUAUGCUUGUCCACCAAGCAAAGCGACUCAAUAGUCCAUGCUGCAUGGUUGUUAAUCACGACGCACAAGGAAUGCCAAAUAUGAAAGUGAAAAAAGACUCUGGAGACGGAUUCGAAUGGCUUCAAUAUGAUAGAAUCCUGGCGGACGUACCAUGCUCUGGUGACGGAACGAUGCGCAAAAACCCAGAUGUUUGGACCACCUGGCGACCGAACAACACCCUUAACUUGCAUCCCAUGCAAUUCCGAAUUGCUCAACGAGGUCUUGAGCUUUUGAAGGCAUGA